AUGUAUUUGAGUCAAUUGCAACAUUCUCAACUUCAACUCGCAACUCAAUUGCACCAAAAAUUAGCAACCGAUAUGACAACAAACUUAAUGGAAAGCGGGGUUUUCAAGAGCCCUUCAUCCUCUCCCAAUAGCCAAAAUGCAUUAAGCAAUAUUAAUAACAUAAACAGAUCACCGGCUUCAUCACCUACACGCGAAUUAUCAUCACAUCCAUUGAACAGACUGCAAAAUAUGGAACCAUUUGACUUUCGAAAAAUUAAUAUGGUUGAACAAAUGAACAUUAAUCCAUUUGCUAGUGGAAUGCCAACUAAAAAAAUAAAUUCUGAAGCAUUACAACAACUUCAACAACAGCAGCAACAUGAACAACAGCAGCAACAACACCAAAUGCGCGAAAAUAUUAAAAAACGAGACUCAUCAGCAUCUGAUUCAUUAAACACAUCAUCAGCCGGAAAUCUUCCAAAAAAUUUUCUCAAUUUAUCAAUGGGUCAUUUACCAUUUCAUUUACCGCCAACGUCACUAGCUAGUUCCUUUUAUCAGUCACUGGCAGCAUCAUUGGUAGCGCAAUCAUUUCCUAAUUUAUUGGCUUCCACCAAAGCGCCCAUGUCAUUGACGUCAUCAAAAUCUGAAUAUCAGUCACAAAAAAAUACUGAAAGGUUAGAUUUAAGUUCUCAUCAUCAUCCUUACGACAUCUUAUCAAAGAACUCUGACCUUGAUGUACUCAAUCUGAGCCGUAAAAAUAAAAUACCAAAGCAUUUGAGUGAGAUUAAUCAAGACAUGGCACAUCAUGGUGGUCCACCAAAUUUAGGCACACACUUUAUCAAUCCAUCAACAGGGAAGAAGCGAGUUCAAUGUAAUGUUUGCUUUAAAACAUUUUGGGGGAAAAGUUAUCUCAAAGUUCAUUUCUCUUCGGUUCACUUACGUGAAAUGCAUAAAUGUACAGUCGAAGGAUGUAGUAGGAUGUUCAAUUCAAGACGUUCUCGGAACCGUCAUAGUGCAAAUCCUAAACUUCAUCCACCACAUUUCAGAAGAAAUAUUUCUCCGCAUGAUGGUCGAAGUGCACAACCUAAUCCCAUGCUGUUACCACCACCAACUGCACUUCCAUUGCGAGGUGGAUUGCUUCCAUUUAAUCAAUUUCAACUUCUUCCACAAGGAGAUUUACGUCAUCAGUCUAUGGCGUCACUUGUUCCAUGGUUUCCUAAUUCAUUGGCUUCCACCAAAGCGCCCAUGUCAUUGACGUCAUCAAAAUCUGAAUAUCAGUCACAAAAAAAUACUGAAAGGUUAGAUUUAAGUUCUCAUCAUCAUCCUUACGACAUCUUAUCAAAGAACUCUGACCUUGAUGUACUCAAUCUGAGCCGUAAAAAUAAAAUACCAAAGCAUUUGAGUGAGAUUAAUCAAGACAUGGCACAUCAUGGUGGUCCACCAAAUUUAGGCACACACUUUAUCAAUCCAUCAACAGGGAAGAAGCGAGUUCAAUGUAAUGUUUGCUUUAAAACAUUUUGGGGGAAAAGUUAUCUCAAAGUUCAUUUCUCUUCGGUUCACUUACGUGAAAUGCAUAAAUGUACAGUCGAAGGAUGUAGUAGGAUGUUCAAUUCAAGACGUUCUCGGAACCGUCAUAGUGCAAAUCCUAAACUUCAUCCACCACAUUUCAGAAGAAAUAUUUCUCCGCAUGAUGGUCGAAGUGCACAACCUAAUCCCAUGCUGUUACCACCACCAACUGCACUUCCAUUGCGAGGUGGAUUGCUUCCAUUUAAUCAAUUUCAACUUCUUCCACAAGGAGAUUUACGUCAUCAGUCUAUGGCGUAA